ACUUUUCUUCCUUCAAUCCAUGGUCUUCAACAAUGCCCCAAAACUCAGUCAACUGUAGUAUCAUAGAACACCUUGCAGAUGAAUUUCUCCGGCCCAUCAGGCUCCAGAAUGGCUUUAAGAAUAUAGAAAGGAAACUGAAGAUCUACACAGAGACCUUCAAAAUCUAUCUUGAGGAUGCUGCAAAAGGUGAACCCUAUUCUCCAGCUGAUCUUACUGAGCAAGUGUUGCACAAUAACAUGAUAAAGUUCAUGGACAAGAUUGUUGGAUACCUGGAAGAAGAGGAGCAUAAAGAUGAUGGGCUGCUUUUUGCCUUACACACCUCAUUUUGUUAUAACAUCCCACUAAGCAAAGAGUUAAUAAUCAAGGCUGAAAAACUCUUCCAGGACAUUGGCCCGUUUCAAGGCAAAUUCAAGCAUCUGAGAGGAAAGAGCAAUUACAUUUCCGCUGUGAAGGAAAUUUGCUUAAGUAAUAAAGGCAACACCUUGUGUAUUUGGCUGAUUCCAUUGCUGUAUGCAAUCACAGAGAAGAUGGAGGACCCCUUUUUUCCACAAACCAUUCACUUACAACACAUGUCGCAGCUAAGAAAUGAUGAAGAGAAGCAGAGGAAAAUCCUGGCAAUGAUAAAGAUUCACAAGUCAUUCAUUGAAAGCUGCUCUCCACUGGCAAAGACAGUCUUGGAGAUGUUGUCACUGAAGAAUUUCACCAAGGGCUCCAUGCUGCAAAUCAAGCUUCCACCUCAGCUCCUCCUGGAUACUGUGUACCAACGCAUUGUUAAUGUCGUCUGUAAACCAUCCCAAGUGCAUGAAAUAGAUUUGAAUGGAGUUUUGGACAACAUUGCUGAAAGGAUGGCAUUCUGGUUCAAGGACUUGUGCUUGCCAGGGGGUACAGAGCAGCUGAUGAAGCCCGCAAAUAAGGAGGAUAUCAUGCCAUGUCAGUUUAUAUCAGAAAUGUACAACGAGUUCGCAGGUUACAUCAAGAAGUGGCUGGAAAAAUCCUUGCCCAGGCCACCCAUGGAAAAUAGGCAGUUCCUGAAAAACAUUGAUGAGUGGCAUCAGCUGUUCUUGUUUGAGAUCCUCUGUGUGGAAUGGACCCAGAAAUGGCAAAGCCUGAUAUACAGCAUGGUUGAAAGUUGGCUGGCGAAACUGGGAGUUUCUACCUCCUGCCACACCGAGCUGACCCACUUUGCUAGCUGUGCUUACUUGGCCUGCUGUGGGUUAAUGGAGUGGGAGAGGAAUUUUCUGUAA